CAGUGAUAACAACCCCUGUCUCUUAGGAGUGAGGAGCCUGGAGUUCAGGGAUUCCAUCAGUGACAAUGACAGCAGACGAAUUGGUUUUCUUUGUGAAUGGCAAAAAGGUGGUGGAGAAAGAUGCAGAUCCAGAAACAACCCUUCUGGUCUAUCUGAGGAGAAAGUUGGGACUGAGUGGAACGAAGCUCGGCUGUGGAGAAGGGGGCUGCGGGGCGUGCACGGUGAUGCUCUCCAAGUAUGAUCGUCUCCAAAACAAGAUCAUUCACUUUUCUGCCAAUGCCUGCCUGACCCCCAUCUGCUCCUUGCAUCAUGUUGCUGUGACGACGGUGGAAGGCAUAGGAAGCACCAAGACGAGGCUGCAUCCUGUGCAGGAAAGAAUUGCCAAAAGCCAUGGCUCCCAGUGUGGGUUCUGCACUCCUGGCAUCGUCAUGAGCAUGUACACCCUGCUCCGGAACCAGCCUGAACCUACCAUGGAGGAGAUCGAGAAUGCCUUCCAAGGAAACCUGUGCCGCUGCACAGGCUACAGACCCAUCCUCCAGGGCUUCCGUACCUUCGCCCGGGAUGGUGGCUGCUGUGGAGGAAGUGGAAACAAUCCAAAUUGCUGCAUGAACCAGAAGAAAGACCCCAUGGGCACUCUCACAACAUCUUUGUUUAAACCAGAGGACUUCACACCCCUGGAUCCCACCCAGGAACCCAUCUUUCCCCCAGAGCUGCUGAGGCUGAAAGACACUCUCCGGAAGCAGCUGCGUUUUGAGGGGGAGCGUGUCACCUGGAUCCAGGCUUCAACCCUGGGAGAGCUGCUGGACCUCAAAGCUCAGCAUCCGGAUGCCAAGCUGGUGGUGGGGAACACGGAGAUAGGCAUUGAGAUGAAGUUUAAGAAUGCACUGUUUCCUCUGAUUGUCUGUCCAGCCUGGAUCCCUGAGCUGAAUUUAGUGGAGCAUGGCCCUGAGGGUAUUACCUUUGGAGCCGCUUGCCCCCUGAGCUCUAUGGAAAAGGUCCUGCUUGAUGCAGUUGCUCAGCUUCCGACUUACAAAACUGAGGUGUUUAGAGGGGUCCUGGAGCAGCUGCGCUGGUUUGCUGGCAAGCAGGUCAAGUCUGUGGCGUCCAUCGGAGGGAACAUCAUUACCGCCAGCCCCAUCUCAGAUCUCAACCCCGUGUUCAUGGCCAGUGGAGCCAAACUGACCCUUGUGUCCAGAGGCACAAAGAGAACUGUUCGGAUGGACCACACCUUCUUUCCUGGCUACAGAAGGACCUUGCUCAGUCCGGAGGAGAUACUUCUGUCCAUAGAGAUCCCCUAUAGCAGGGAGGGUGAGUUUUUCUCUGCAUUCAAGCAGGCCUCCCGGAGGGAAGAUGACAUUGCCAAGGUGACCAGUGGCAUGAGAGUCCUCUUCAAGCCAGGGACCACAAAAGUGCAGGAGCUGUCCCUCUGCUAUGGGGGGAUGUCCAACAGAACCAUCUCAGCCCUCAAGACCACGCCAAAGCAGGUGUCCAAGUUCUGGAAUGAGGAGCUGCUGCAGGACGUGUGCGCGGGCCUGGCGGAGGAGCUGCACUUGGCGCCGGACGCCCCCGGCGGCAUGGUGGAGUUCCGGCGCACCCUCACCCUCAGUUUCUUCUUCAAGUUCUACCUGACGGUGCUCCAGAAGCUGGGCAAGGAGCAUCCCACAGACAAGUGUGGCACACUGGACCCCACCUUCGCCAGUGCCACUCUGCUCUUUCAGAAAGACCCUCCAGCCAAUGUCCAACUCUUCCAAGAGGUGCCCAAGGAUCAGUCCGAGGAGGACAUGGUGGGCAGGCCCCUGCCCCACCUGGCUGCCAACAUGCAGGCCUCCGGAGAGGCUGUGUACUGUGACGACAUCCCUCGCUAUGAAAAUGAGCUGUGUGUCCGUCUGGUCACCAGCACCCGGGCCCAUGCCAAGAUUUUGUCCAUAGACACUUCAGAAGCUAAGAAGGUGCCUGGGUUUGUGUGCUUUAUCUCAGCUGCUGAUAUUCCUGGCAGCAACGUAACUGGAGUUUGUAAUGAUGAGACCAUCUUUGCAGAAGAUAAGGUUACUUGUGUUGGACAUGUCAUUGGUGCUGUGGUCACUGACACCCCAGAACAUGCACAGAGAGCUGCUCAAGGGGUGAAAAUCACCUAUGAAGACCUGCCAGCCAUUAUCACCAUCGAGGAUGCUAUAAAGAACAACUCAUUUUAUAAACCUGAGCUGAAGAUCGAGAAAGGAGACCUCAAGAAAGGGUUUUCAGAAGCAGAUAAUGUUGUCUCAGGAGAGUUGUACAUUGGUGGCCAAGAGCACUUCUACCUGGAGACUAACUGUACCAUCGCAAUCCCAAAAGGCGAGGCAGGGGAGAUGGAGCUUUAUGUGAGCACACAGAACACCAUGAAGACCCAGAGCUUUGUUGCAAAAAUGUUGGGUGUUCCCAGCAACCGGAUUGUAGUCCGAGUGAAGAGAAUGGGAGGAGGCUUUGGAGGAAAGGAGACCCGGAGCACUGUGGUGACCACAGCCACGGCGUUGGCCGCAUACAAGACAGGCCGCCCUGUGCGUUGUAUGCUGGACCGUGAUGAGGACAUGCUGAUAACUGGAGGCAGACAUCCCUUCCUGGCCAGAUACAAGGUUGGCUUUAUGAAGAAUGGGAAGAUUGUGGCUUUGGAAGUGGAUCACUUUAGCAAUGCAGGGAACACCCAGGAUCUUUCUCAAGGUAUAAUGGAACGAACCCUACUGCACAUGGACAACACCUACAACAUCCCCAACAUCCGAGGCACUGGGCGGAUGUGCAAGACCAACCUGCCCUCUAACACGGCUUUCAGAGGUUUCGGGGGACCGCAAGGGAUGCUCAUUGCUGAAUAUUGGAUGAGCGAAGUCGCAGUGACCUGUGGGCUGCCUGCGGAGGAAGUGCGGAGAAAAAAUAUGUACAAAGAAGGGGACCUGACACACUACAACCAGAAGCUUGAGGGAUUUACCUUGCCCAGGUGUUGGGACGAAUGUUUGGCGAGCUCUCAGUACCAUGUUCGGAGGAGAGAGGUGGACAAGUUCAACAAGGAGAACUGCUGGAAAAAGAGAGGACUAUGUAUAAUCCCCACCAAGUUUGGAAUCAGCUUUACUGUUCCCUUUCUGAACCAGGGAGGAGCCCUGAUUCAUGUGUACACAGAUGGCUCUGUGCUACUGACCCAUGGGGGCACUGAAAUGGGCCAAGGCUUGCACACCAAGAUGGUCCAGGUGGCCAGCCGAGCUCUCAAAAUCCCCAUCUCCAAGAUUUAUAUCAGUGAGACAAGCACUAACACUGUGCCCAACACCUCUCCCACGGCUGCAUCAGCCAGCGCCGACAUCAACGGUCAGGCUGUUUAUGCAGCUUGUCAGACCAUCCUGGAAAGGCUGGAACCCUUCAAGAAAAAGAAUCCCAAUGGCUCCUGGGAAGAAUGGAUCUCAGCUGCCUACAUGGACAGAGUGAGCCUGUCUGCUACUGGGUUUUAUAAGACACCUAACGUUGGCUACAGCUUUGAGACACACUCUGGGAAGCCCUUCCACUACUUCACAUAUGGAGUGGCUUGCUCUGAAGUAGAAAUUGACUGCUUAACAGGGGAUCAUAAGAACCUCCGAACAGAUAUUGUCAUGGACGUUGGCUCCAGUUUGAACCCUGCCAUUGAUAUUGGACAGGUGGAAGGGGGAUUUGUCCAAGGCCUGGGCCUCUUCACCUUGGAGGAGCUGCACUAUUCCCCAGAGGGGAGCCUGCACACUCGAGGCCCCAGCACCUACAAGAUCCCUGCAUUUGGCAGCAUCCCCAUAGAAUUCAGGGUGUCUCUGCUUCGGGACUGCCCCAACAAAAAGGCCAUCUAUGCUUCCAAGGCUAUCGGGGAGCCGCCCCUGUUCCUGGCCUCCUCCAUCUUCUUUGCUAUCAAGGAUGCCAUCCGAGCAGCUCGGGCCCAGCGCACAGAUUACAAUGUGAAGCAACUUUUCCAGCUCGACAGCCCUGCCACCCCAGAGAAGAUUCGCAAUGCCUGUGUGGACCAGUUUACCACUCUGUGUGUCACGGAAACACCAGAAAAGUGCAAACCCUGGUCGCUGCGGGUCUGAGGAGAAAGCUGCUGUGUAUUUGUGGGCCGCAAUGUCACAUCCAGCAUCAGGAAGCACGCGUCACCAAGCCCAGAUCCGUGUAAGGAAGACGGCAAAGCUGUGAUUCAGCUGGAUGACAGAGGAAAAUGGGAUGCAUUGCAAGAUUUUGAUCAACAAAUAUGAUUUACAAACAUAAGGAUGAGCAAAUUCAGAAUUGUUUGGCCUGUAUGGUUAAGAAGCAAUCAGGGUGGUCAUUUCAAGUCUCUUUUUAAUCAUGUCUUUGAGGUAGGUUUAGGAAGAGUUGGUGCUGUCCCCCACCCAGUGCAAAGCCUGUGUAACCCCAAGUACUAGCCUUUAAAGAGGAUCCCACAAACUGCAAGAGCUGAAAAGGAAGGUCACGCUAAACCGUGAAUCUUCCCCAGCAAACCUUUCCUUCAAACCAAUGAACACCAUAUUCUAGACUCAGAUCUAUACUCACCUUUCCCAAUGAGGCAAGAUUAAAACCUCUCACCACCUUUGGAUCAUUGAAGAGAAUAAAGAAUGAAACAAAUUCAAGGUUAAUUUGAUCUAGUUUUCUGAAACUACUUAAAGUAAAAAUCACUCUGUCAUGCAAAACUCCCACCAAUUCACUUACUGAGAACUUUCAAUGUGUUAGAUUUCUUUGCCUUUUGUCUUUUUAAAAAAUUGAAGUACCUUCUUUAUUUUAAAGCCAGUAUAAUUUUCACCUAGGAACGAUGCUGUUGAAAUCAAUAUCAUCCAGAGGGAUGAGUCAAAAAGAGCUUGGUUCUUAGCUCAUUUCUGUCUCUCUGUGUAACCUUCAGCUGUCAUUUUCCUAAUCUGUUUCAUUUUACUGCAAAAUAAAUGUG